AUGUCUCGUGACUUUUUACCCACCUUGGGCAACAAGAAACACUACCUCGGCGACUAUCUACCCCUGAAGUCAAUCGGCAAGGGAGCCUUCGCCGAGGUGAAGCUGGCCCGGCACUGGCUCACAGGGACCGACGUGGCCGUCAAAACGAUCAGCCGGUGGGGCACGGACACCCAAUUUGAAGAGGUCCAGUCCCUGAAGAGCCUGCAUCACCCGAACAUCACGCAGCUCUUCCAGGUACUGACCACCCGGGACAAAGAGACUCUCUUCAUGGAGUUUGUCAGCGGAGGGGACCUGUUCCGGCACCUGGAGGACUGCGGCCGCCUCAGCGAGGACGAAGCCCGGGCCAUGUUCCGCCAGAUGGUCUCGGCCCUCCACUACUGCCACGGCAAGGGCAUAGCGCACCGCGACCUGAAGCCGCAGAACAUGCUCCUCGACCGCCACCUCAACAUCAAGGUGGCGGACUUCGGCUUCAGCCGCAACUUCCGGGACUACCGGCUCUCCACCUUCUGCGGCACCUUGUCGUACAUGGCCCCGGAGGUGCUGCGGCGCCAGAUCUACGACGGCCCCAAGGCGGACGUCUGGAGCCUGGGGGUCAUCCUCCAUGAGAUGGUGACGGGGAAGGCGCCCUUCCAGGGGGACACCGCUGCAGAUAUGGUCAAGGCGGUCAAGGAGGUGGGGACGAAGCCGCUGCAGCUCCCGGAGUUCACCUCGGAGGAAGUCCGGGCCCUCCUGAGAAAGCUCCUGACCGUCGACCCCCACCUCAGGCCCAACCUCGAGCACGUAAUGAGGGACCCCUGGGUGAACAAGGGGCAGGGGGGGCCCAUGAGCCCCUACCGUGAGCCGCCCUGGGCUGAAAUCGACCCCCAACUAGUUAAAAUCAUGAGGGACCUGGGGUUCACGAGGCGCGAACUGGAGGACUCCGUAGCCCUUAAGAAAUACGAUCGUGUAAUGGCUACCUACCUCAUCCUGAGGGCCCAGACCGCCAGGAUGCCGGGCCGCACCGUGAGGGUGAGGCCCGGCCCGGCCCCUGCCCCCGACAGCAGCGGCGCCUCCUCGGGCCCAGACCUCGAGGCUGCGGGGCCCUCAGCCACGGCGGCGACACCCAGCCUCGAAGACGGCGCCGCCCCUUCCCCGGGCGGGCUGGGAGCCAGGAAGAAAGGCCCUCGCGCCAUCUUCGAGGUGAGGCUGUGUGCCGCCCCGCCCAGCCUGGAAUCCGGUUCCCUCGGACCCCCGGGCAGCCUGGAAGAGACCGUGGGCGCCCCUCCGCCCAGGCCGCAGCCCAGCUCCUCCGCCCCCGCCUCCACCCGGGAAGAGACCGUGCGCGCCCCUCCGCCCAGGCCGCAGCCCAGCUCCUCCGCCCCCGCCUCCACCCGGGAAGACACGGUGCGCGCCCCUCCGCCCAGGCCGCAGCCCAGCUCGUCAGCUUCCAGCCCCUCCGCUUCCAGCCCCUCCGCUUCCAGCUCCACUGAGGAAGAGACCGUGCCCGCCCCUCCGCCCAGCGCACAGUCCAGCUCCUCCGGUUGCACCUGCACUGUGGAGGAAGACAUGCCCGCGCCCACGCCCAGCCUGAAAUCCAGAAGUUCGGAACCGGGCCCAGACACCAGGACCGCCACCCCCAGCCUAGGCCUCCAGUGCAUCCCUGGGGGCGCCCUCGCCAGCAGCAGCAGCAGCAGCUCCGGCCUCCCAGCCGAAGAGCUGGACGGGUCAGACUUGGAAAGCUCCGGAGGAAGAGCGCUCCAGGCAGAGGGGACAGCCGAGCUGCAGGCGGCCCGGGCCCAGCCUGGGCCUGAGCUCCGGGAGCUAGAGUGA